AUGACAUCUGUCGAGGUGCUUAUCCCCAAAGCCGUUAACCAUCCUCCUCGAUCAGCAUCUGCUUCAACAACCAAGUUGAGCACCUGUCUCCCCGAGUCUCUACCAAGUCCACCUGAAAGCUCUGCUAGAUCAGAGCAGCAACAGAGGAAUGCUGAUACCUACCCUGUCACAAACGCACCACCCACAGAUACACCAAAUCCCUCCCCAGCAUCAUGCACAGCUUCUCUAGAAGCAGGAUCUGGAAAGCUGAGGAAGAGAGUUGACUUCUCACCUUGGACUGUCUCGACCGAUAUCACCGCGCCCGAAUCUUCUGUCAAGUCCCUGCCACCAUCACGGGAAUGCCAAUCUUCAAAAUCGAUCCUCAAACAGCGUCCCUGCCCAACAGCUAUUCAAGACGAAGUUCCGCACCGAAACGAGGAUCUAGCCACCAUGUUGGACACAAUUCUGCGGCAGCUAGCCAACGCCGAUCGUCAAAUCAGACUAGAUGCCUAUACUACACUCUUGUCCGCACUCAAAGCAUAUGCAGAGUUGCCUGACAGCCAUGUCACGAAAGAGAAAGUUCAGGCUCUACUAGACUUCAUCAAGAGAGAUGUGUCUCUCGAAAGUGGAAUACCUAUGGAACCAUUAGAGACGAACCUCAUACUUCAAGCCUUGAAAUUGCUGGUGACCAUCGUUUGGACUAGGACUCUGUCGGUACACCUAACGGACACAUAUCGGUCCUUCAUAAUCGAUCACUCUACGCGUAUACUCGAAGAACGUCAAGUAUCGAAAGCCCUCAUUCUGCAUCACAUGCAUUUGCUAUCCACACAGGAUUUCUCGAACAGAACAAUGACGGGAGCGCGAGUUGUUCGCCUGCUGGAGGUGCUCAAGGAUUUGCCAGAACACGUCAGAGGGAACGGUGUCAUUUCAGAACGUUUGAUGAUCUACCAAAGGAUGCUGGAACAAGUUAAGCGUACUUUCAAGGCAAAAUCAUCGUGCUGGGUCUCUCAACUAUUGUCCGCAAUGACCUGCUCUGUUCCCGACACCAGGAAGAAGGCAAUUGCCCUAGCGCAGCGCGUAGCGGUGGUUCUCGGAUCAUCAUCAACAGUUGCAACAGCUGUUCGCGAUACAUUGGACAACCCAGGAGAGCAUGACGACGUUCUCAGCUCCGUUAUCUGCAAACGACUGGUAAGAAUGUUAAAGUCCCUUGACGAGGCGCGACAAGUACCGCAGAUAUGGGCGGCGGUCAUAGUCUUGAUGAGAGGAUUGGAUCACAAAUUUCAUGAAUGGCGCCAUCUUCACGACUGGCUCAGAAUCAUACAAAAAUGUUUCAAUUGCAGCGAUUCGGAAGUACGAAUAGCUGCCAAUAUGGCGUGGAACAAGCUCGUGUAUGUUGCGCGGCCCUAUGGAGUAACCAAGUCAUUCCUGGCGAACAUGCUCAUGAAGCCUCUCCUGGCCCAAUUGGAGCGGCCGAGCAAUGAGAAGCAAUCGAAAACAACCAGGAACUCCGCCUUCGCCGCCUACUGCAACCUGCUCUACUACUCCCUGAAGCCGUCAGAGCCAUUUGGCCAUUAUGAUGCGGUAUGGGAUGAGUUCGUUGUCCCGGCUCUCAGAGCACCCUUUCUUUCAAAUGGGCAGAACUCCGACCGUGCUUGCAGGAUCUUGAUGGCCUUAUUCUGGAGAGAAAAGAUCAGUCCGUGGAGGGAGGCACGUGUUCUUGAUGCUGCCGUGAUCGAGCCAGAAGAGCUACCUCUGCUGGACUGUAAAUGGAUCCGGUCACGGACUCGUUCAAUACUUGAAAUCUUCGAGCUGUUGUUCCGCUCCAGCUACUGGGGUCCGGCAGCUUAUCCUGACACGGCUUAUAUUGCUGCCGCUUGGCGAAACUUUGCAAAAGCCCUUGGCGACGCAUGUCGGAAGGAGGUCAGAUCAUCUUCAGAGACGAUGGAAGCUGUGACUCAUGUAUCAAUGUUCCUGACCCGACUCUGCCAGAGGUCGUCAGCUACGUUCAAGGAACAUGAAGACGACUACGUCAGCCGCUAUCACUUCAUCUGCAAGACCAUGCUAUUAGAGUUUGGGGCCCUGGCAUUUGUUGAGGUAAAUUUAUUGAGUGCACCCGACAGUUCUUCUCUUCCACACAAUGAGAAAUCGAAGGGGAAAGGAAGACCACUCAUGAUCGAUAUUCUUGAGGCUACUCGAAAUCUGCCAAGCAGUGGUCAGGAUGACGUAUAUCUCAACAUGGUUUUCGAUCUGCUUCAGCUUACCAGCAAAUCUCGAUCAUCUGCCAAUGGCCGUGUCCACUUUUACAAGGAGUGUGCUGAAGCUGUGCUCCUUGCUGGAAGCGUUGCCACCGGAGAACGUGUGAUAUGGAACGCGAUUGCACAGCUGACACGAAGCGAACUAGCUAAUGCAUCGCUCGAUUGCUUAGGCGACAUUGUUGACGUUGACCACCUGGUCACGAAUGCGGUGAGGAUCUUGGAGUUUGGUGUUCCAUACCAAAGUGGUCAGCCUGAGUGUUGGUCUGAGUUGUUGAGGCAAUCACUGCUAGUGACAGAUGGUUCCCACCAAUCCGGAUUGCAAGUUACAGACCGUUUGAUAAUCUUUCUAGGUGAUCGCGAUUCCAAUGAAGUUAGCCUUUGUACUGCUAUCUUGGUCCGAGAAUUUUUAGAUGUCCUCACUUCGCCAGCGUCCAUUAAUGUUCACAAACCGAAUGCGAAAAGAGCAAAACGGGAAGAAGGCGAUGUCCAGUCUGUCUAUCGCAGCCUCGUUCGCCUCUUGAACGUGCAUCUCUCACGUGUCUAUUUGCUUGGUGAUUGUUGUGAUGAGCUCGUAUUGGCAUCCGUCACUGAUGCAGUGAUGUCCUUGCUUCAAAGGUCUUCAACAGAAUACAGACUAGCCUGCUUGACAGAAAUGCAGGAGUCUUUAGCACUAUGGCUUGAAGACCAGCGGCGUCUCAUGACCACAGCAAGCCGCACUGGAAGCCUGAAGCUGGUACAGGCUCGGAAGCUGUGUCCCGUUAUCAUUGAUGUCUUAGGAAGGCUUAGUAACGAGAUCGAUUUGAAAUUGUUCGAUGGCCUCUUUGCUGCAGCAUUCAGAACGACACACAGAAUGACCAUCAAUCAAGUAGUGAAAGUGUGGAAUUCCAACUACGGACCCAACGAGAGUCUAGAGUAUGGCGAUAGACUGAAAGAGGCGCUGGCACGCCUGAUACCUUUUGUUGAACUUGAGCUGCCUAGUCUCCAUGACUUUGAGUCGAACGAAACAACUCUGCCCGAGUUGGAAUAUCUCGAGAAUCUGGAUGAAGAGGGGAGCACCUCGAAUGUUGUGGAUUCAUCUAAAACUGCAAAGCUUGUUCAGCCGGUCGUCGUGCCUGCUGCUACUCGAACAGUACACCAGAAGCAUCGUUUAGAUUCUGGAAAAACAAGCACGCCACUUGAAGCUGGUGUGAGGGCACGCCUGCACCAUGAUGAUUCCCAGGUCCAUUUUGUAUCCAUCGAAUCGUCACCUGCGCCUGGAAGGGAUGCUGAGUCACAGAACCUGACCGCACGCCAGAAGGAAAUCAGGGAGCGGCAGGGGGGUGAAAUUGCUCUGAUGUUUCCGGAUCUCCGCUCAAGUCCAUCUUGUGCAGUGCAGGCAGCAAAAACAGCUGAAUCUUCGAAGCUUGUUCUUGCUAGCAUAGAAGAUGAGGUUGCCUGUAUAGGGGAUCCGGCUACGCCGACUCUACCGUUGCGAAAAAUUCUGGAUUAUGAAGAAGCCGUUCAGUCCUCCCCUACACCUAAAUCGAAGCAGCAAGCUCUACGCUUUGAGGAAAUUGAUGCUCCCUCUUCACCACUAUCUAUGCACGGUCCUGACGACACCAUGGAUCCACCAGAAGCGACUAUACAGCUGGGCUGUCCAGAUGAGGUGCAAGAUGUAACAAAAGAGAAAAGGACAGGUGGAGUGGGCCUCUUUGACGAUAUUCCGGUCCAACCUUCCUCGAUAGGCAACGAAAUGGAAGACGUACUUCCAACCAACGUGGAAGAUUUGGACGCAGCUUCGCUAUCAGUAAAGCCAUUUCAGGAUCACAAGCAUCUCGUACAGAUAUUCUCUGGUGAUUUGCAUGAACAAACUGCAGACUUCGCGGAAGACAUACAGGAAGCCGGACCACAAGUGAGAAGUGACCUGACAAGUGGCGAGGUCGUGAUGUUAUGUUCGGUCACGGAUGUCAUCCCUUCUGAUGAGGAUAUCAUUGGUAAAGAUGCCAAAAGAACAUGCGAUCAGGGUCCAGAAGGAGCCAACUCUCUGUUGAAGGUAGAACAAGAUACCAUCACCGAUAUUAUAGUGGCUGGAAUCAGGCCCCCGACUGAUCGCAGCAACGAGAGACGUGCGGACAUUAUACACGAAACAGCAAUAAAUCUCUGCUCCCCAACCGAAGAGAGCACGAAGGUCUACAGUGAUGACAACGACUUCUGGAGUGCUUCACAGCUAUCACAAGACCUCGAGCGAGCAGCAAGUUCAGUUCCGAGCCAAAGUCCAGAACAGCAGCCAAGAUUUGCGACUUCUGCACCAGCAAAAAGGAUGAGAUCCCCAGUAGCUCCACCAAAAUCAAAGAGGAGAAAGACGACUGGUGGCCUAGUUGAACGUAGCAGCACACGGAGAUUGCCGUCCAGCACGACUGAAUCGCAGCCAUCGCAGGCAGCUUAUGAUUGUAUAGAAGUGGAAACGCCAUCCUCGUCACAAUCAUCUAUUCGGGCAGCGUCUGCCGCGUCACAGGGUCCUGUCUUGUCACAACCUGCCUUGCAACCUCUCUCGCAACCCGUGAAGCGAGGCCGUGGUCGACCAAGAAAGGUGCAACCACAAGCUACAAUGCCAGCUCCAGCUGAGGCGAGGGAGUCGUUGAGUGAGAACAUGAAGAAUGGGAGUCAUGAGCGAGAUUCACCCGCCAAAGCCUGCACAUCCCCAGAGAGUAGCGAUCAACAUGGUGCCCCCCAAAUACGUCCGAGAUCGGGCUCCUCGUGGAGUCAUCGAAGUGAUAAUGUGGAUCACGCGCUGAGUUCUGGGGCUGCCUCAAACCAAAACUCCCCCCCUCAACGCCGCAUCAUGGAGGUUAAGACGGAUGACAAGGAAAAUCAAGUUUCGCCUGAAGAGGCGGUGGAACUACUCCAGAAGGCGCUGUCGAGCCUAAGGAGAACAAGUAUGGAUCGAUCAGGCUUAAGGGCAAUUGAUGACCUGGUGUUCGAGAUACGGACAGAAGCACAAAACGCGGCACAGAGAAUUCCAAGAAGCGGCACAUGA